AUGCCGCCAAAGAAGAAAAAGGGGAAGGGAAAGAAAAAGAAGAAGAAGGAUGGUAUGACUGGGUUGAUCGUUUUCUCGUUAUUUUUUGUCAAGAAUGUUUUUGACGUGCAAGGAAACUUUGAGUUGUUUUGUUUGUUGUUUCUGUGCAGAAAAAACUGAAUUGACGAUCGAAGAUAAGUACAAAAGAACUAUGCAGGAAAUAGAAGUCCUUAAGGACGAGCUGGGUAGGUUUUUUAAAAUUAAGAUCUUCAAAUCAUGCUUGCCUUUCAUUCAUGUAAUUUUAUAACUUGUGAAAAGCUGCAGAUUGAUCGAAGUUUGUUAUGUUACACUUGUAAAACGUCUUGCAGCUGCAAGAACGGAGAUCGCACGAAGGUCUAAAGACACCGCAGAUCGCAUGAAGGAAAGGAUGAGGGAGGCUAAGGACGAAGUAGAGACAGAACAGCAAAACAAGUUGGACAUUUCUUCAGGCAUGUUUGCUAUGUUCCUUCUUUCAUAUGAUAUAAUUAUUUUUCUUCAUUAUUAAUAACGUUCAUUUUGUUAUUGUCUUAUCGGUAAGUGCAAUAUUCAUUAAGACUGAUAAUCUGAAAUGCCAGCCUUCUCCAUCCUUGAUAGUCUCUCUCUCCCAUGCCCCUGCCCCCUCCUAGGGCUUUGGGGUGGAGAUGGCUAACAUUUCAGACUAAAUGAUGAGGCCUUCUUUAAUAGGUGGGCAGGGAGGGGGGAGCUUCAUAUGUCCCCCGUCUUAAUGUAAAAUAUGGUUGUUUUGUGUUUUUAGGAAUAGGCCAUGCCCCUGUCGGUAUUCAGCCCAUUUUUAUGCCUUUUGUCACCAUUUCAUCCAUCUAGUCUUAUGUCACUAUUUCAAGGCCAUGAGGCUUGUCAGAAUUUUACCCUUACAUGUCCUCAGUCAUUGGUUGCUCAUAAUUUCACUGGAGUGGGGCUACAGCCAUCAGUGAGGGAAGCUGCGAAGUAAAGUGAGGUGAAAUGCAUGUUUUUGCAGCUUCUCACCUCAUUUGCGGGCCCACCAGACAAAACCUCCAGCUAAAAUAUUCUUUUCUUUUACUGAUGUACCUGUAUAUAAUACAGAUCUUACUCGUCAAUACAAAACAAUGCAGUCAGAGAUGGCAUUAAGGAUUCACAUGUUGGAACAGACAGUCAAUAAACUCCGAGAGCAACUUGGUAGGUGUUUCCUCAAUAUUUGGGACUUAAUGACUGGGCUUUUAUAGUGAAAACAACACUUGUAAUUGGGUGCCUGGGAAUGGACCGCUGGAGCCAGGGUAUGAAAAUGCAGUUUACCUGUAAUAUUUGUGCACAAACACUCUUGAGUGUAUGGGAGCAUCUAUUGAAGGAAAUGUUAACUAAGGUACAGGAAUGUGGGUUCAAUGAGGUGUAAGAAAGAUGGUAUGUAUGAGAAUGCAAUUACAGUAACCAAGAUCUCACUCUGUUGCUUUCAUUGUGGCUCAGAUUGAAAGGGUGUAUUAUAGCAAUAGGUCCUACGUACUCUUAAUCAAUUUGUCAAUUUGUCUGUUUGUUUCAUAGCGAAUAAUACAUGGCAAUGAGGGAAAAAAAUCUAUCAAUUUUCAAUAGCAGAAGUCCCCGGGACACUAAAGGCACCCUUUUGUACCGUAAACAAAAGUUUAAAUCAACAACAGGUGUAGUUUUUCAUGUGUAUAACAAGUUGUGAUAUUUUUCUUCAUUUAUAAAAUGUAGCUUCAACAGAAGAGGAACUUAGAAAGACUAGAAAGGAAAGAGAUGACAUUAGGAAAGAAAAGGAUGAAAUAAUAGCAGAACUACAGUUUAAAAUAGAUCAUAUGGAAUCAGCAUAUGAAAGUGUGCUUCAUGUGAGUAUACAUGUGCAUAUGAUAGGUGGUUCCAGCAUAAUAGCUCUUAUUCAUGUUUAUGUCAAAUGACCAAAUUUCACCUCCAAGCCUCAUUUUGAAAUUGUAAAGUUGCGAAGUUUUGCAUAAAAGAAUUCCCGAGGCAGUAAAUUUGGAAAAAAUAUCCACGCACAGAGUGCAAAAGCAGAGAAUUUUCCUUGCAAACAAGGCUUGGUGGUGAAAUUUGCUCAUCUGACAUAAUCAUACACAAGGGUCAUUACCCUGUCCCUAAUAGGAUGAGGCCUAAUAUAACAAAAAGAUACAUAUAGUCUUUGCCCCAGUUGCAGUUAGCCUGUUCCAGGCUCUCAGAUAGUCAAGUCCACGAAAUUGAGGAAGAGCGAACACAAAAAUAAAAUGAGAGGAACGUGUGAUCAUGUGCUAUUAUUUUCAUGUGCCUUUGACUUACGUGUCAUCUCUUCUAUCUGAGAGCCUGGAACAAGCUAAGAACUUUACAGUUAUAUUGCAAUUAUAUACCCAACUUUUGCCGUUGCGUAAAUUGGUAGAGUGCUGCACCGCUAUCGCAGAGGUCAAGGGUUCGAAUCACGUACAAGCCUGAAUUUUUCUCAGGCUUUCUUUUUGCAACUGCAAAAGUUGUGUAUAUAACUGCAAUGAUCUUCCUUCAUUAUAAUUCUUCACUCCCCAGUUCACAUAUAUGAUUUUCAUAUAUUCAUAACUUCACAGUAUUAUUGUUAUUAAGACCCUAAUGCAAUGUACCACUGUUACAUAAUGAACACAUCUUCCUACUUCCUGGGCCCUCUAAAUUCACUAAUUUAGUGAACUACUCAUGGCUUUGAAUGCGUGAGUUAAAAUGGCAAGAGAUGCUUGCUCAGCUCUAGCACAACGUAUCCCUACUACCCAAAAGAUCGUACUAUCACUAUUGUCAUGGAUAUGACAAUCUAACUGGUGUUUAACAUUUGUAGAAGGUGAAACUUUUGUGACUACUUGUAUUUUUCGCUUAGGAUGCUUUCGAUAGAAUGGCACAGAAGGUUGAGGAUGCCAGAACAAGAUGGGAGACGGAGUCAUCUGAGAUUCAAGAGAGAAACAAACAGCUUCUGCUGGAGUUUGGCUUGAAUCCACUAGAAAUCUAG